GCAUUUCAUUCUGUUUGGUGUUAGUGUCACAUGCAAUGAUGUGAAAAUUAUAUAUUUAUUUCCAUAGGUUUUGUGUGUGUACAGUGAUUUAUGAUAAUUUAAACUUUAUUUAUUGUAAUCCGAAAUCAUUUUCUGCAGUUCUUAGAAAAAGUUUGGCCAUGGGGAUCCAAUCUCUACAACAGUUUAUUACCGCCCAUUGUCCUGGUGCUUGUGUGCCGGUAGAUUUGUUAAAAAUCGCACACAGUGUUGGUGUUCGGCGUCGAAAUCAAUUAUAUUACAACCGCCUGUGUUUAGUAGUUGAUGGUGAAUGUUGUUUAGAUAGACUCUAUGGUGGUUUUUACUCGGACUGGGUCUGCGGAGGACAGUGGAAUCGAAUGGUUCAGUUUAUCUCAGUUCUUAUAAAGACAAUACAGAGCAACAAUAUAGAACUUGCUGUAAUUUUCAAUGGCGGACUCGAGCAGCAGCGCAUGGACGAAUGGGUGAACAAGCAGCAGUCGGAUAGGAAGAAAGUCAAUCAAGUUCUUAGACACGUGGCCCUAAAGGCAACACCACCGCCGAAAGUUUGGUGGAUUCCCCCAGUUUGUCUACGAACAUGUCUGAGAAUGGCUUUACGACAUCUUAAUGUCACAGUUGUUUCUACUAUGGAUGAUCAUCAUCAAGAAGUGAUUGCUUUUUGCAGAGAAAAUCACUUUCAUGGAUUAAUUGCCGAAGAUGCCGAAUAUGCAGUAUUUGACCCACCAAGAUAUUUUUCUUCUGAACAGUUGAAACUUACUUACAAGGGUUCACUUGAAACUAAAGAAUUAAUUCUUGACGAAGUAGCGAGAACUUUGAAUCUUCACCCCAACCGCUUCUGCGUGUUUGCCGCCCUUUUGGGAAAUUAUUUACUUACUGAAGAAGAUCUGACACCUUUUCACCAUGUUCUUUGUCCAGAUCAGCCCAAAGACAAGCCAAUUCCUGCAGAAACUCUUAUUAAAGCUGUUGUGGACUUUGUACGGGGCCUUCCUUUUGUUGACAACCUUGAGGCUGUAGGUACUCAAAUAUUUGGAGCUGUUGGACAAAACAAAAUUCAGAAAUUUAAACAAUGUGUUCAGUACUACUUGAAUGGCACUAAAGAUGGAUUUCUUCAUUAUUAUCCAGCUGUGCAAGGUGAGAAAGAAGAUCGGGGCAUGGAAACACCCGACUUAUCACCUGUCAGACGUCCAUUAGGACGAGGGUGUACUUUAGAAACUUCUGACAGCAAAACAAUCCAAGUAAGCCAGCUGAUAUCAUUGGAUGGUGGUGAUAUAAUAAAUGGCAAUCUGGGAGAAAUUAAAAUUCCUGUUGUGAUAGAAGAGGAAGUACCGCGAGUCCUGCCACCAGGAGCACUGCUUUUUCGUCCAUUGCGACAGUUAGUGUAUGCCAUUGUGUUUAACCUUCACCACAUGCAAUUCAUGGCUAAGCAGAAGAAGGACCAAGAGGGGAAGGAAGAAAAAGUUCCUGAUGUAAUUGUGAAAGAAUGGACUUGGAGUAAACAUAAGCAGUACAACAGUCCUGACCUUGUCCCAGCUAUGCCUUUGGGGUGGGCAGUGCCGACCAUCCAACGUUUAUGGUUUGGAGCAAGCCCUGAUGAGAAGAAGCGACGUAUGAGAGCUUUUUUAACUUGCAUGAGAAGUGAUUCUCCACUGAUGCUGAACACAUCGUACGUGCCACAGCAUAUGCUAGUUAUGUGUUGUGUACUCAGAUACAUUAUGGCCGAUGAACGUCCAAUCCUGAGGAAACAAGAGUUGGAUGCUUUUCUAGCCCAAGCAGUUUCACCUCAUCUCAUGAAUGCCCAGUUUACUCAGACCAUGCAGCUACCGAUUAUUACCAACAGAGGUAUUGAACUUGCAGCUAUGUUUAUGCAAGGUGUUGAAUGUGCACUUUUUGCUAAUGAUGCUUGUGGUUCUCCAAUCCCGUGGCUGAUGUGUUGUCCCUGGCUUUUCUUCGAUGGCAAAUUAUUUCAUCAGAAACUUCUGAAAGCAUCAGGAGCCAAAAAUCUUGUUGAUGUCUGUGAUGGCCAGAUUGAUCAAGUGUCGACAGUUGAGCGGAUGCGAAUUGCUGUCUUAGAAGGUCUCAAGCCACAAUUUGCUCGGCCUCCUCUACUUCCAAUGGAAUAUCUUGGUCCAAAUAUAUCUAAUUAUUCGCGCAGUCAGCCUCCAAGUAUUAAUAUACCUGGACCCAACCGAGGAAGAGGACGGGGUGCUCCAGUUAAACCUUCUACUGAUGCUCGUCACAUGAUUUCUAAUGGUGGACAGUUAGAAGUAGCUGGGGUUGUUGUUGGGAGCUGGGGUCCAAAUUAUGGUAGAUUUCCUCAUUCUCGGAAUAGUUCCAUGCCUCGCCAAGUUGGUACCAUGGCUGGGAUUCGAAGGUAUGGUGCUUUUACAACUCCUAAGGGGCGUGGAUGCACGUAUCGUCAAGUUUCCACAGCUAAGUUUUGUAACCCAGGUUUGGCUGUAAGUCUUAUCUCACUUCAUUGAUACAUUGAUACAAUGUAGAAAUUCUAAGUGUAUUUUCCCUGUCAACCAUUUUGAAACAUAUUCAGUACACUUUAUGUGAAAGUACGUAUUUGUUGAUUGAUUAGAGUAUUUCCUGUACAAAAAGAAGAUUUGAUCAGAGAAAUUGUUCUUAAGUGAACUAGGAAGAUUUUCAGUGAGGUACUAUCUCUGAAAAAGUGGUGUACUAAGCAAUAGUCAAUAGAAAUCGGUAACUGAUUUAUCUACUGGCAGUUUAUUUUUAGCAGUUUACAAAAAAGAUCACUCUUAAGUAUGCACAAUAAUUUUUGAUGUGUAUCAGUGAUGACGUAAAGUAUUAAUGUACACAGAUUUUAUGUGUAUAAAAAGUUUCGGGCAUUUUUAUGAAAGUAAAAAUAUUUUGUA